AUGUUCAUUGGCAUCACUCCUUAUGCUCCAUCACACGGCUCACGCUUGCGGACUGCACAGGGGAAAGUCGCGGAGCUACGGCAGGAGCUCAAUAGCGGUGGCAAGAAAGACAAGAACUAUUCCGCCAAAAAGAUCGCACUGAAGAAGAUUGUCGCCAAUAUGACCAUGAGCAACAACGACAUGGUUGCGCUGUUUCCAGACGUCAUUGGUUGUAUGAAUCUGCCAAGCUUGGAGAUCAAGAAGAUGUGCUUCUUGUUUUUGGUAAAUUACUCGAGAAUGAAACCAGAGGUCGCGAUGAAGGCGCUGCCUAUCUUGGUUGAGGACAUGGGAGAUAACAACCCACUUGUGCGUGCACUUGCGCUGCGAACUAUUUCAUAUGUACAUGUUCGCGAAUUUGUCGAAGCGAGCUUCCAACCUGUCAAGCGCCUUAUGCAAGACAACGACCCAUACGUCCGCAAGACCGCUGCUUUCUGUGUCGCAAAGCUCUAUGAGCACGAUAAAAAGAUGGUGGAGAACUCAGAUCUGAUCGACAGGCUUAAUCGCAUGUUGAAGGAUGAGAACCCAACUGUUGUUGCCAGCGUUUUGGCUUCGCUAGUCGAUAUUUGGGGCCGCAGUGAAUCCAUCUCACUCACUAUCGACUACGUCAGUGCUUCGAAAUUGGUUUCCAUUCUGCCAGACUGCUCUGAAUGGGGCCAAAGUUAUAUCCUCGAGGCACUCAUGGCAUACGUGCCCCAAGAUACUGCCGAGGCACUUCUUCUGGCAGAGAGAAUUGCCCCGCGACUUUCACAUUCAAAUUCCUCUGUCGUCCUUACAUCCUGCCGUGUCAUUCUUUAUCUCAUGAACUACAUAUCGGGCGAAAAGCACAUCACUUCCUUAUGCAAGAAGUUAUCGCCACCUCUCGUCACAUUGCUCUCCAAGCCGCCAGAGGUCCAAUACUUGGCGCUGCGAAAUGCUAUCUUAAUUCUCCAAAAGAGACCAGAAGUGUUGCGAAAUGACAUCCGAGUGUUUUUCUGCAAUUACAAUGACCCAAUCUACGUCAAAGUGACCAAGCUAGAAUUAAUGUUCAUGCUGACCACAAAAGAGAACAUUGGUGUUGUUUUGGCAGAGCUCCGAGAAUAUGCCACCGAAAUCGACGUUCACUUUGUACGCAAGGCGGUUCGAGCCAUUGGCAAAUUGGCAAUUAAGAUUGAGUCUGCUGCAAAGCAGUGCAUUGAUACACUUUUGGAGUUGGUCGAUGCCAAAAUCCCCUAUAUUGUCCAAGAGGCAACAGUUGUGAUCCGCAACAUUUUCCGAAAAUACCCCAACCAGUACGAGAGUAUAAUCAGUCAUGUUAUCCGAAACAUCGACGAUUUGGAUGAGCCCGAGGCUAAGGCAGCUGUCAUUUGGAUCAUUGGACAGUAUGCGGAUCGCAUUGAUAAUUCAGAUGGUCUCCUUCAGGAUUACUUGGCUACAUUCCAUGACGAAACGGUCGAAGUGCAGCUGGCCCUGCUCACGGCUACCGUCAAACUUUUCAUCCAACGCCCCACUAAGGGCCAAAAGCUUGUACCACAGGUGCUGAAAUGGUGUACUGAGGAAACAGAUGACCCAGAUCUUCGUGAUCGUGGCUACAUGUACUGGCGCUUGCUGUCGACAGACCCUGCAACUGCCAAGAAGGUCGUCAUGGGUCAAAAGCCCCCGAUCACAGCCGAGAGCGAAAAGCUGGACCCACGCACUCUCGAGGAGCUCUGUCUGAACGUUGGCACUUUGGCCACCGUUUACCUCAAGCCCAUCCACCAGGUUUUCCGUGCUGCCCGCCCUCGUCGACUGUUGCCCAGUCCGGCCUUGCAACGGCCCCGCAUCGAGGACGCUACAGGCAAUAUGCUUGAGUACAAUCCUCCUACUGCAAACAUGGCAUCUGCAUCAACCAGUAAUAGUGGUUUAGCCACAAUCAUCACCACGGGUAAUCCCGUUACUCCAAUCAAUGCCGCGCCUCCUUCAUCUCUGCCUAUUGGCCCGGGAGGCCACCCCGUAGCCACAGGUCCCAGCAACAUGAACGAGGCCGCUGAUGCCGCAGAUGCUUACUUCAGUGGCAUUGGAUCCCAGCAAAUGGCUUCGCUGGACCUUCAUGGUACUGGUGGCGGAGGCGCGCCCCAAACACAGUAUGUCGUGACUCAAAAUCAACAGGCGGCGUACCAACCCCAACUGGCCGGUGGAGCUGCCACAGGUGAGCUAUUAUUGUUGUGA